CUCAUCUUCAUCACUUCUUCAUUUCGCAUCCUUGAUACCCAAACGGUCUUUGCGCAACGAGAGAUCACCACAGAGGGAAGGUCUUACCUAGCUACCACGCAUUAUAAUAUCCAUCACCCAAACUACCCACCGGAAAGGAGGAACCCCUCACCAGUGCCAAACGACCCCUCCAAAACACCCCCACCAUCGUCACCACCAGUCUCAUCAGCAAACCACUAAAACACUUAAGAGACACAAACGAGAACAAGAUAGUAAAGACCGCACACAAUGUCCCACUGCCACGACGAACACCACGACCACAGCCACGGCGGCCACGGUCACGACGAGCACGACCACUCGGACGACAUCACGCCCGCGCUGCAGCACUCGCUCUACGGUCACAUCAACUUUGACGAGGUGACGGCCCUCAACGAGGCGGCCAUCGGCAGCGCGCGGGCCGUCGUCAAGAAGACGUGGGCCGAGAGGCUGGACGCCGAGCCCGAGGUCGUGAGCGACUGUGAUGAGCAGUUGCUGGUUAACGUUCCCUUCACCGGCCAAGUAAAACUCCACGCCCUCCUCCUCCGCACCUCCGACUCCCCCUCCGCCCCGCGCACCCUCAAACUCUUCAUCAACCGCGACGACCUCGAUUUCGCCUCCGCCGAAGACGCCCACCCCGCGCAGGAAUUCGAGCUCUCGCGCACGGGGCAGGUCCAGGAGAUCCCCGUCAAGCGGAGCCUCUUCGGGCGCGUCCAGCGCCUGACGCUCUUCUUCGAGGACAACUUUGGCGACGGCGACGAGGACGAGACGAGGGUGUCGUAUCUGGGGUUCAAGGGCGAGUGGAUGCAGCUGGGGCGGGCGCCGGCGAAUAUCCUGUACGAGGCGGCGGCGAAUCCUAGCGAUCACAAGGUCAAGGGCACGGGGGUGAACGAUGUUGGGAGCGGGAUUGGGGGGCGGCAGUAAGCUGUUUCCCUCUUGGGGCAGGACCACGGGUUGCGAGAUGAAGCCAAAAAGUGAGAGGGCUCAAACGGGGUUUAUUGAUAGUAAUUUGCAUCGAGCUGAGGAACAGCUCAUCAUCUCAAAAAAAAAAAAAAGGGGGGUAUUAUGGUAUAUCUCCGACACGACCGUAGCAUGUAUGAAAGACACAGGCGAAAAUCUCCAAUACAGUGAUCCAAGGUGGAUCAUUUGUUCCCAUAUCACAGGUCCCCUUAGAAACCAGAUUUUCUCUUCUUCUUCUUCCCCGGCGACCGCAUCCCGUGCCUCCCAGCCAUGGGCUGCGACAUGACGAGCGGCAUCUGCGACGAGAAGAUAGCCUGCGAAGACGGCACGGGCGGAAGCUGGCUCGAGCCGAUAAUGGGCGGUGCCAGCUUGGGAAGAGGCUGCGUUGCCGGCGGCAGCGCAGGCGCAAACUCCAACCCGGUGUUCGUCGCCGUCUGCAUCUUCGUCUUCGUCGCGGGCCCGGGCCCAGGCCCGA